AUGUUGAAGUAUUCCGCGCAAAGAAUCACCACAGGCUCUGCCAUUCGCCUCUCUAGUGCUGGCUUCCACACCACAGUAGCUGCAGAACAAUCUUCCGCUUUCCCACCAUCAGAAUUAUACCAAUCAGCCUACAAGGAGUUGAAGCAUGGCUUGGAUUACUACAAAACCAAAAAAUCUAUGAGAAGUUUGGUGUACCGUCCAAAAAAUGCCAAAAGACUCGUGGCGGCAGAAUUGUACAAUGAAGAAGAAGGUAAAAGAAUCAUGCCCCAAGAGUUCGCCGGGACUAUUCGUAAGAGCGCAUUGAACAAGCUCACCUUGAAUAUCUCUAGUUAUGACGAAUUGAAGAAAUCCCAAGAUAUGAUCCUCGCGCUUGCUGCGGCAAACAAGGCCGAUGCUCAAAAGCAUUGCGUACAAGAAGAACAUUUCAUUAACUUGUUGUUUUCAGGAGCCAAAUUGAACAAAUUUUCCCACACAUUAUCAUUUUUGUACAAGCACAAUUCCCCAAUAUUGAAAUUCUUGGAUUCAAAGAUCGUUCAAGUGAUCCAUGUUUUGAACGGGGUCUUUAGACUCAAUACCCCAGGUUACGAUUUGGAAAGCUUGAGUUUGAAAGAAUUCAUUCGCAGAUUGAAUGUUCCAAUCACAGAAUUGAAAGGUGAGGAAUUAUCGAAAUUGAAUGACAUAUUCAAACAAGACCCUCAGUUGGCAUUGAGUUACAGUGCUGCUCUCAUCAAUUACAUGACACUUAAACCAAAGUCUGCCAGUUUUGUCAUUCCAAAGAUUACAGAAAUACUCGACAAUAUCGAUUUAAACAUUUUACAAACAUCAUCAUUGGAAAGUAAAGCCAGCGGGUUUAAAAACUCUACUCAGAUUCAGUAUUUUGUAUUGAAGGCGGUGCAACAACAAUUUUUGAAAUUGCAAAGUGUGGAACAGUUUGCUGAUAAAUCCAAGCAGAUAUUGGACAAAAUUACUCCAUUUGUGGAGACUUUUGAACAAAAGGUUGGUGCUGCCAAUGGCAAGUCCAACAUCUAUGAAAAAGUGUUGGCCGAAUCCAAAUUCGGUAAACCUGUUGUUGCUGAAACACAACCUGCUGCUGAAGAACAGUAG